AUAGAAGGUAAAGUUCGGUAUUCACUACUGUUGAGUUGAGAAUGGAGGAGGAACAAAUCUCUGGUUCUAUCAACAGCUUCUCUGACCGAUACUAUCCCAACGAUAAUUCCAGCCAUGAUACAAACCCCAAUUAUUAUUAUUAUUAUUUUGAUGAAGAAGAAGAAGAAUCGAGCUAUGAUCGUCGAACCAAACGAAGCAAACACGCAACAAUCUUUGAAGAAGAUCGAAUCAGCGCCUUACCAGACUCGAUUCUUCUCAGCAUCCUCUGCUUCUUGCCCAUUAACGACGCUAUCAAAACAGGCGUUUUAUCCAAAAGAUGGGCCUCUUGUUGGACCGCACAAAGUUCGAUAUUCGAUCCCAGUACGACACAAACCUAGAUCCUCGCCUCGAUAUUUGGGUUCGUUUCGCCACAAAUGCCAAAGUAGACUAACUUAGUUUACAUUUAUCAUCUCCUUAUCUUUCUCCGGAUCCUAUCGAAUACCAAUUGCCUCAGCACCUCUACGCCAACGAGUUUGUUUCUGAAUUCAAUUUUAGAUUCUGCAAAAUUAAGCCUAUUGGGUUACUACAUUGGGUUUCACUCAAGCGCUUGUGUAUUCAGAAAUCGGCCUUGCGUGAAGAUGUGAUAAGGAAAGUGUUAAUGGGUAGUCCUAGACUUGAAUCCUUGGAAUUGCAUGAUUGUUAUGGGUUUCACCGGUUGGAUAUAGUGUCCGAGAGUUUGAGAAAAUUGGUGGUAGAUAGCUAUUUGAUAGAUAUGUUAGAUAUGUUAGAAAGUGAGGAGCGUAAGUUGGAAUUGGAGAUUGUGGCUCCAAAAAUUGUGUGUAUAGAAAUUUUGGGGUGUUUUAAUAUGAAGUGUCGGAUAAAGGAUGUGUCGGCAUUGGUUGAGGCUAAGCUCGAUUUCAACAUGCAGAAUGGAUAUGAUAGUGAUGAGAAGGAGGGUGCUUGUGAGAAGUACCAGGACAUUGUGAGAGACAUUCUUGAGAGUGUGCAUCAUGUCAAGAAACUCACUGUUGGCCAUUGGUGUCUCAUGGUUGUAUCUAUAAUGUCAAUGGAACAUCUGCCUUCUCCAUUGUCAAAGUGCCAAUGUUUAACAAUGAAAACAAGCAUGGAAAAAGGGAACCUUCCUGGCAUUGCCCGUCUACUUCAAAGUUCGCCUUAUGUGGAGACAUUGAAUAUGGACAUCACAUCCUCCUACUAUAUAGGGUUAGAGUUUCUAAAUAGACGCUACCGCAGCUCUUACCUUGAUGAAAUGAAACAUUGGAAAUCAGGAGAGAUCUAUUUCAAGUCUUUGCUAGUAUGCCUCAAGACUAUUACGAUUUUUGGUUUUGGAGAAAGGUUGUUCCACAUGAAGGAAGCAUUCAUUUUAGUGGUACAAUUUCUACUUAAGAAUGCAAAGGUGCAAGAGAAGAUGGUUAUCACUACAUCGCGGGAUAUGCAAAAUGAAAGGCGUAUUCUGCUACUUGAAUUUCUAAAAGUGGCUCAAAAGUUUUUAAGCUUCCCCAGAUCCUCUCCUCAUGCAGUGAUUAUGUUUCCAUAUCUGUAAAAUCA